AUGUCAACCGAUCAAAUUUACUCUGCCAAAUAUUCCGGCGUUGAUGUCUAUGAGUUUAUUCAUCCUACAGGCUCAAUAAUGAAGCGGAAAAUAGAUGACUGGGUAAAUGCUACACACAUCUUGAAAGCGGCAAAGUUUGCCAAAGCCAAGAGAACCAGGAUACUGGAAAAAGAGGUGAUAAACGACACACACGAAAAAGUCCAAGGUGGUUUCGGCAAAUAUCAGGGUACUUGGGUGCCGCUAACAAUUGCCAGAAAUCUGGCCGGGAAGUUUGAAGUGUUGGAUGAGCUCAGACCUCUUUUUGAUUAUACCCAUGUAGAAGGCUCAGAGUCUCCUCCGAGAGCACCCAAGCAUCAUCACGCGUCUCGUGUGGACUCGACUCGCAAAAGAGCCACUAAGACAACCAGUUCCACUCAUGCUACGCGAUCAAAAGCUUCAGAUACUCCCAGUGGGUCUACGACACCCACAGCACCAAAGAAGAGGGGACGGCCACCCUCCAGUAAAAACAAAAAACAGGCAGCUAGCAAUUUGGAGAGAUCGCAAAGUGACAUGGUAUUUCCUCGCCCUGCAAUCCCGGUAUCUACAAUUUCAUCUAAAAAACUGCCGUCUUUACAGAGCCCUCUACAGCGAACCAUAAGUUUGGACCCCGUAAUAAUGCGAGAAUCCGGAGUUACUCCACAACAUUUCAAGGAGCUGGAUAUCGAAGACGGGCUCUCGAGCGACAUUGAGCCACCAGCUGCUGCCAAAGUAGAAAUGGGUUCCUCUUCAUCGUCUUCCCUUCCAACUUCACCUAGUGGGUUGUCCGAUGACAAUACAUUCGACCAACGCGCUAUCGCUGGUUCAGCUGGUCAUGAUGAGUUAGGCAGUGCUACUUCCCCCAUUUCUACCAUGAUUCCCCGUUUUACCAACCAAUCGUUUUCUCGAACUUCGGAUAUCAACUCCAAGGUUAACGAGUAUCUUUCAAAACUCGUGGAAUAUUUUGUCUCCAAUGAAAUGCAUUCUGAAGAAAGUGUACCAUCGGAGUUAUUAUGUCCACCUCAAAAUAGUGCCCCUUACAUCGAUGCAUGGAUAGAUCACGAACACCAUACUGCUUUUCAUUGGGCCUGUGCAAUGGGUAACUUGGCUAUAGUUGAAGCCCUAUAUAAUGCGGGGGCAAGUACUAAUGCCGUCAACCUUCAAGGUGAGAAUCCACUCAUAAGAUGCUCUAUUUUUCACAAUUCCUUCACAAGACGAACUUACCCCCGAAUAUUCCAAAUUUUACAUGAUACUGUUUUCGAUGUAGACUCGAAGUUACAAACAGUCAUACACCAUAUCGUGAAGCGAAAAUCUACCACACCUUCGGCUGUGUUCUACUUGGACGUUUUGUUGUCUAAACUCAAAGAUUUCUCACCUCAAUACCGCAUAGAAAACUUGCUCAAUUCGCAGGACCAAAGCGGUGACACUGCCGUUCACAUUGCUGCCCUUAGCGGAGAUCGGGAUUUUUUCGAGUGUUUGAUUCAGCAUGGGGGGCUUUCCACAAUGAAAAACUCAAAGGGCGUAACUGCAACAGAACUCAUGAACCAGCGCAUGCCAUCAUCACAACCAUCUUCCGCUACCAAUGGCAAAUUCAAGCAAAACUUGACACCGUCGUCACCCUCGGAGUUCCUCAUGUACCCGUCUCAGACUGCAACUCGUCUAAGUCGAGGAAUUCCCGAAGUUGUGAACAUAAUGAAAGAAAUGGCUGAUUCUUACAAUAGAUUACAUCAAGCAAGAGAUUCGGAUGUAUCGAAUUUGGAGAAAACACUAAAAAGCAUGGCCAAGACAAUUUCAACUGUUGAGUACAAGACUAUGGAAGCUUUAGAAGUUGAUGCGCCCUACUCCGACGUGGAAGAACUGCUUUCAAUCCGCUCAAAUGAGGCCAAAGAAUUACAACUACAACUGGCGCACUGUAAAAAGGAGAUGUAUGUGCGUUUGGAGAGACGACAGGCCAAGCAAUUGGCAAUAUUAGUUCAAGAUCAGGAAUCUGAAAUCUCGAAAUACUCCGAAGAAGAUCGCAAAAGUAAUAGAAAUGAACAAGUUAAGCUGGCUCUUCGCUUGUCUCAACUCCAACUGCAGCGAAGGGCUAAACUUUCGCAGACUAUGCAGAUCAUUGGGGACAAUUCCAAAAUCUAUAAAUAUCGGAAGAUGAUCUCUCAGGGAACCGAGAUGGAUAUCAACGAAGUAGAUAGUUGUUUGGACGUGAUCUUACAAAGUCUUAGCAAAAGCCAGUAG